GCAAAUCCUGGUCACUUGCACAGCAGGUUAAUCGUAGUUAAAAUAAAUUAUAACGAAGUGACAAAUGGAAACCCGCCUAAGGCACGUGGACGCCAGCAAAAGCGUCGCUUUUUUAGAAGAGAGAGGAACCGCCAGACAGAACCCGUUAAGCAGACGAAGAAAGUAAUUGAGUGAGAAGUGUAAAGAAUCAGCAAAAAUUUAGUGUUUAUUAUAAAUAUUUGCAGUCAUUACUCAAAAGGCCCUCCUCUGUCCUUCUGACUCUUAAAAUCGUGUGCAAAAUAUGUACAAGUGACUAACAACCGAUAUUAAAUUCUUUUAGCGCCGGUAAAGAUACUUUACCGAUACGCGACUCAGUGUACAUUUUUGCUCAGAGUACAUUUCAGCAAGUUCUAAUUUCUCGAUUGAAGCGCCCUAUUGCAAACAAAUUCACACUUACCGCCUCUACGGGAGUUUCUAGACUUUUAUAUACAACCGUGAUCCCGAUUCCCAUUAUUCCUAUGUUAUCAACCUUAUAUUUGUGUUAUACAUAAUUAAAUUACCAGUGGAGGGAAUCGGCGGAAAUAAGCAUAUGAUAAUGUUUGUAGCACCAUCACUGUGGUAGCAUCCGUCAUUUGUAGUGUGUGAUAUUUCUUGCUAAGUGUUAUUUGUACCAAAUAUUUAGUUAUAAUAUUAUUAUAAGUAAUAUACCGAUUUGUGCAUUCAUGUGUGGUUGUACGUGCAUAUUUCUUGUUUAAUCAAGCAUUCAUUGGUCUAUUGUAAUUACUAGUAAAUCCUCUAAGCAUCUACGUCUUAAAUGAGGUUAUGCCACAAAAAUUUCAUAAUCUUAAAAAAAGGGAAAUAUUUAAAAGCCACAUAUAAUUUAUGUCAUCCAAAUAAGUUGUUUUCAGAAUGGAUAUCCUAGCAACGCAAAUUUACGAAGAUUAUGAUUCCACACCAACACAAAAAAUUUCUUAUUCUUCUCAACAAAGUAAAAUAGUGAUUGGGGUGUUAUGUAUUGAUUCUAAAACAUUUCAAAUCAAAGGAGGAAUUACACAAAUUGGACGACAUCCAGAUUGCAAUGUAGUAUUAAAUAAUCCGACGGUAUCAAAGAAACAUGCGGAAAUCGAAGCUAAUUGUCAAGGAACUGAAUCGUGGAUUUGUGACCUGAAUUCAUCUAAUAAAACAAAAUUAAAUAACACAAUUCUCAGGUCAAAUCGAUGCUACGAGUUGAAAAAUGAAGACGUGCUGGAGUUUGGCACGGUCCGGGCAAUUUUCAAAACCUGUCAUUCGAUGGAAGAUUCUUUAGUACCAGAAACCCCAGCGGCAAAUCUUCAAAAGACACAGCAAAUGAUCAUUCCAGGAACACCUGACUCGUCAUUUGAUAAUUCAUCCACGGUGGGAAAUGUCUCCGUAAUUCCUGCCACUCAAGGUAAAGAGGAAAGGUCUGUAUUUCGAUAUCCGACGUUGCCUUCGAAGACCGCCACUAACAGCACACAGAAAAAUAACAUUCAAAAUACCUCUAUCGACGCCCAAGAUAACUCGCAAAACUUCGACGUAGAAGAAAAACAAAACGUAGGUGGAUCAAGAAUUAGUAUAUACGAUAUGGAAACGCAAAAUUCCUCGUUUAAUUUCCAUGAUGAAACGGACGUUGAUAUUGACGAUAUUGACACUCAAAAAAUUUGCAUUUCGCGCAGCAUCAAAAACCUUACAAAAUCUGUACAGAAACAAAAGGUUGACAUGCACGAUAUACAAACGCAAGCAGAAGUAUCAGAAGAAGUUACUGAUAUUCAUGAUAUAGAAACGCAGCACGAUAUAAAUAUUCAGGAUAUGAAAAUAUCCAAGAAGAUUAAUACUCAUAAUUUAAAAACUCGAGAUAAUCGAGAUAGUGAGAAACUUGAAGCAACAACAAUUGAAAAGGAAGGAAAUUUAACGAAUGAAGUGAGAAGUAAUGUUAAUGAUACAGUGGUACAAGAAGAUAAGGGUAAGGAAAGCACAUCCAAUCCUAAUAACACUGAUAAAGAUGAAAGUCAAAAUAAAAAAUUGCCAGGUAUUGAGAAAAGUUUGCAAAACCGUCUAGAGGAAAUUGAAACAAGCGAAGAUGAAACUUCGGAACUUGAGAUGAGUCGAAAUUUGCUUGGUCCAAAAGAAUUAGAAGAUUUCAUUGAGGAUGACGAUCUGUCUGAUGAAGUAAAAUCAAAAUCACCGACUUUAAUAAAAACUUCAUGUGUAAACAACAAUAGCGAUGUAAACAAUGAAAGCACUGAUAAUAAGAACAUAUUUGAAGCUGUGACACAGGUCAAUAAAAGUGAUGAAGAUGCCUUUAGAAGCCUAAGUGAACGUAAAUACACGUUUCAGGCUUCCUUAGUAAGUGAUGACUCUGACAACGAGGUUGUGUUUCAGAGGUAUUCGUACAAAGAUAGUCAAGAAAAUAAAAAGUCUUCAAACGAUCGAGUUUCUGAUAGCGAAGAUUCAAUUACGGAUGAAGAAGGUCGUUUUACAGAAAUAGCUGUGAAAAUGAAACAGGCUGUAGAAUUUUCGCAGCUUAAUAGGAGUAAAGAAAUAAAGAACAGUGCUAAUUCAAGUAAAGAGUCUGAUGAUCUAUUUGAUAUGCUUACUCAACCAGUAAAACGGAAGGAUGAAAAUUCAUCGCCUAAAUCUAAUGAAAAACCAAAAGAUAAUAAGUAUGAAAGUGAAGUAGAUUCUAAUAACCCAACGCAAGCAAUUAACAAGAAAGAAAUGAAAAAUAAUAUGGAAAUAAAUGAUGAAAUACGAACAAAGGAACUCGAUGAUACACCAACUCAAAUUCUUUCAACAAAUAAAUCUUCCUUAAGAGAGACUAGUUGUACUAUUUCAACAGGAAACAAUAAAAAAUCUGAUAAAGAAGAUAUUACUGAAAUAGACGACAAUACACCUAACCAGAUAAUUAACACUAAAGAGAAACCAUUAGACGUGAGCAAUAACGAACCUCCUUCGGUAUUAAAUGUUACAGAUAGAUGUAGUAUUGAAGACAUCGAUUAUGAAAUGGCAUGUACUCAACCAAUUAAUGAAAUCGGAAAGCAAAAGUCUGUAUCAUCAAUUUCUAAUAAGAGAAAAAACGAGUCAAACUUUGAAGCAUUGGCUAGAGCGAACUUAGAUGAUAGUGUAGAAAGAAAUUUGAAAGCAAUGUUUGCAGAUAUAAAGGAAGAACGUAUAGAAGAACAAUUAGAAAUAUCAACACAGGUUCUUGAACAUGUGCUAGAAUCGUCAGAUUGUGAGAAUAUAUCUCCCACACAAAAUCAUAAGUCUAACAUGGACAGUAACUUAUCAACAGAUAAGAAAACGAUGAAAUUAUCAAUAUCGAACGCUAUACCUACUAAUUCAUCAACACCUAAAUCCAUAUCUAAAAACCCACUAACUUCAAAAUCUGUAUCUGCAGAUUCAUCAACACUUAAGUCUACAAUUAAAGAUCCAUCAACAUCAAUAUCAUUAAGAGAAAAGAAAUCAAAAACAUCAAACAUAGCUAAAAUGAUUCAAGAAGAAACUGAUAUAUCUAAAAACGGUAAGAGUAAAUCGAAUUCAAAGAAUAUAGAUGAUCAAGCAUCGAGUACAUCAAUCGAUUGUGAGCAAUUUCAACAAACCUCUAAAGCACUACAAAGCGACGAUGAAGAUAUAUUAGCUGGUUUACCUGAAGUUAACAUUUCAGGUACUUUAUCGAAUCCAGGAAGUCCAAUAUCAACAUCUUCUGAAUAUAGAAUAAAUAUCAAUCAUAACUGGGGAAGACAAACAUCUGUAAAAAUUGCCCCAAGAAAGAAAGAAGCUUUACGAAAAUCGUCGCGAAGAACGUCUAGUUGUAGAAACGUGGAAAACACUAUGUCUUAUCAUACUAUUAGCGAGCCAAAUUCUAGUACUAUUUCGGAAAGUUCUUCAAAUUCAUAUACAAACAAUUUCGAUAUUAAUAAGAUACCUGUUUGCAAACAUGGUGAAAAAGGGACAAGCAGAAAAUCCAAAAGAUUGAUAAAAAAGACAAAGAAUUUAUGUAAAUCUAAUGAAAGCGAUUCCUUGGUAGAAUUAAAAUCGGUGGAAAAGGAAGUACUGGUUGAAAUAGCACCCGCUGAACUUCCGAGAAAAAAUGUAUCAAACACGUCACACUUUAGAAAAAGAUCACUCAGCAUAACAGAUGCAAUUGAUAGUAAUACUUCGAAAAAGCGCAAGAAUGAUGUUAAUGAAGAUAAGCCUAUUAGUAAUAGUAGUAGAAAGAAGAUUACAAUAGAUGAUAAAGACAAUUCCGCAAAUGUUGAUAAAAAGAAUUCAUCAAACAGUAUAAAUGGUUCUAACAAUAGAAUGUCAAAUGAAACAAGUUUAGAUAAACAAGCAAUAGUAAAAGUCCAAAGAAUUUCUCUGUCUACUCCAACAGGGUCGAUAUCAAGUACUCCAACUGAACUGGUGGAUGAAAGCGAUAACAAUUGUAAAAUCAGACAAAAUCGGCGUACAAAUGUCAUUUGUGACAUUCAAACAUCUGACAGUAUUGUUUCAAGUAUAUCGAGUAACGAAAAUUAUAGAACUACCAAAAAUGUAGGAACACGAAAAAAUCCGAGUCGAAAGACGACAAGAAAGACUGAGCUUGUAGCGGACGACAUUAGUUCUCAAAUUGGUGAAGAAUCCCAAGAGAUAGAAAUGAUCAUGAACAGUGCGCUCAAAAAACAAAAUAGAAAUAGAAAUGGCUCAGAUACAGAAAGAAAGGAAGAUACGGAUAGAAAUACAAGUACCAAAACGAAAAAUACUAGGAAACGUGGAAAUACAGAUAUUAAUACGGAUGUAGAUAACACGGAAAUCAGCAGUACCUCUUCCAUUUUAUCCGAAUCUGAUAACGCAUAUUUUGAAGUGCCUACAUUAAGGAGCAAACGAGCGAAGGUUUCCAAAAAUAUUUCAAGUAUAAUUAGUACUACGGUAAAUGAAUCUACUAAAGAAACAAAAAGAAAUAGCAAACUAUCGAUUAGAUCAACUCGAAGUCAGCAAUCAAUUGCGGAUUCUUCCCUAGAAGAAAGCGCAGAAAUGCUCGCAAAUCAAACUACUUCGAAUAACAGUGCGAAUAAAAGGAAUAAUUUCAGAAAGAAACAGCAAAAACAGACGACAGGAAAGACUAAAAACAAGCGACAGAAAGAAGAUUUCAUAGAAGAGACGCCUACUUCAGAAACUAAUUCCAGUAUCGAAACUACAUCAGUACUUUCAACUCCCAAUAGAACACGUAGAAGCAUGUCUUCUUCAUUUGCAACACAAUCACCAUUCAAAAUAAAGCAUAAAAUCUUAUUUACGGGUAUUUCAAGUAACGAUUAUAGUAAAUUGUUAACAAAGUUGGGUGCCUCUCAAGUCGAGGAUCCGACAAAGUGCACUGUACUAGUUACAGACAAAGUUCGAAGAACUGUUAAAUUUUUAUGUGCUUUAGCACUACCUGUACCAAUAGUGUCAGUCGAUUGGUUGAUUAACAGUGAAAAAGUUGGUCAUUUCAUAGAAUUAGAAAAUUACAUAUUGAAAGACCUUGCUGCUGAAGCUAAAUUCCGCUUUAAAUUAGGAAAGAGCUUAGAAAAAGCAAAAGAACAUAAACUUUUAAAGGGAUACACACUUGUCUUAACACCGAACACUGCGCCGCCACCACUAGAAUUAAAAAAUAUAAUCAUUUCAUGCGGCGGUAAAGCCUUGUUUCGACCACCACCGAAGUUAUGGCCUCAACAAUCAGUGAUUAUCUCUCCCAAAGAGGACUUAGCAGAUGCAAAGAAAUUUCUGGCAAAAGCACCUAAAACUGUUACCGUUCAGUCGACAGAAUUUAUAUUAACUGGCAUUUUAAGACAAGAAUUAGAAUUUAAUGAGUUUAAGUUAAUAUAAUUCAUUUCUCAAUGAAACAAGAAUACUUGUAUUGAAAAAUAGUGUGGAAGUUAUUAAUAUAUUUCUCAAAUAUUUUUACAAAAAGUGCAUUUGUACAAAAUAAAAAAUAUAUUAUAUUGUGUGAUUCGUACAUGGUUAAUUGUAUAAUACAUAUAUAGAUAUAUACAUAUUAAUAAUUGAUAUACAUAUAAAAAAGGAAAUUUUCUUUACAUCCAUCUUUCAAAUCGUUAAUACAAAACAUAAUGUACAUUUGACACCUAUUUGCAAUGUUUAUGUUAAUGUUUAGUAUGGGUAUAGGUCAUAGAUUUGAAUUAAUACUAAAAUGUUUCUUUUCAAUAAAUAUAAAUUUUAUUAUUCACCAAAAUUGUACAGUCACCUUUUUUAUCUAAUACUUCAACUUCCUAGUGAACUCAAAAUUGCUCUUUCGAAUAUAACAAAAAUUUAACUUACAAUAUCUUAGAAAACAAAUGCAAAUGAAAAUUUCUUCCAUAUUCACAUUGAAUAAAAUGUUUUCGCAUAGUAAAAUAAAUUUCUAAUUUCUAAAUUGAGCAACUGUGUUUCAAUACCAAUGAAAUGAAACAUUUAUAACUAGAUGCACUGUACCUAAAAAAUUUGUAUAGUGUGUGAAUCCAAUACAAAUAUUAUUUAUCUUCUUAAUCUAUCAAGAGAAAUCCAGGUUCAGGUAGUUCUGGAUCGAGUAGUCUAGAAGAUAGUUAUACAUAUAUACCUUAUAAGUUACAACAUAACAUGAAUAAGAAUAAUGAUUAUGAAAUACAUAUUUGUAGUAAGUACUAAUUAUCUUAGCCUAAGUGAGCAUUUAUGUUCAGUGACUAAAUGCAUUACUAAGAAUAAAGGAAAUGAAAGAAUCGUUUAUUGUAUUCAAGGGUGUUCAAAACACUUCAAUCUGUUGGAAUUGACAAAUA